CUACUCGUCUUUGUGCCUUUUUUCUAGUCUUCUACUUCCAAUUUCUCAAUUCUCGUUCAUCUCUAUCUCCAAAAACCAUGUAUCGAGUUGCAAAUGCCUGGGAAUAUCUGGCCAUCACCGGAUUCGGUAUUGACGAUAUAAGACUCGCCAAGAAGGCAUGGAUAUUUCCCGGCCAGUCCUGUACCGUCUUUGACGUCUCUCCUGUGAACUACACCUUCGAAGUUCAAGCCAUGAGCGCCGAGAAGCUCCCUUUCAUCCUUCCUGCCGUCUUCACCAUAGGUCCUCGCGUAGACGAUGAAGCCAGCCUUCUCACUUACGCCAAGCUCAUGUCUGCCCAUGACAAGCUCUCCAACCAUUGCAAGGACCUCGUCAGUGGCAUCAUCGAAGGAGAAACCAGGGUUCUCGCUGCUUCCAUGACCAUGGAACAAAUUUUCAAAGGAACCAAAGAGUUUAAACAGCAGGUUUUUGAGAAAGUUCAGCUUGAACUCAACCAAUUUGGCUUGCUGAUUUACAACGCUAAUGUCAAACAGCUCGUGGACGUCCCAGGACAUGAGUAUUUUUCUUACUUGGGUAAGAAGAUCCAGAUGGAGGCUGCCAACAAGGCCAAAGUAGAUGGGGCGGAGGCAACGAUGAAUGGUGAGGUUGGAGCCAAGAUGAGAAUGGGCCAGACGCUGCAAAAUGCUGCAAAGAUUGAUGCGGAGACGAAGAUCAUAUCAACUCAGAGGGAGGGUGAGGGAAAGAAGGAAGAGAUAAGGGUAAAAACAGAUGUGAAGGUUUAUGAGAACCAGAGAGAGGCGGUGCUUGAGGAGGCUAAUGCCGAACUGGCCAAGAAGAAGGCCGGAUGGUCUAAGGAGGCCCGAGUGGCGGAGGUAGAGGCAGCAAAGGCGGUGGCGUUGAGAGAUGCUGAGUUACAGAAGGAAGUGGAGAGAAUGAAUGCUCUCACCAGAACAGAGAAACUCAAAGCAGAGCAUCUCAGCAAAGCCAGUGUUGACUAUGAAACAAAGGUGCAAGAGGCAAACUGGGAACUGUAUAAGAAACAGAAGGCGGCGGAGGCGAUUUUGUACGAGAAGGAAAAAGAGGCAGCGGCGCAAAAGGCAAUAGCCGAUGCGGCGUUUUACUCCCGUCAAAAGGUCGCCGACGGUGAAUUGUACGCCAAGCAGAAAGAGGCAGAAGGACUCAUGGCCGUUGCGCAAGCUCAGGGCGUCUAUGUGAAGACACUCAUGGAUGCGUUUGGAGGAAACCACUCCGCUACGAGGGAUUACUUGAUGAUCACCAACAGAAUGUUUCAGGAGAUGGCAAAGGUUAACGCGGAAGCCGUGCGGGGUCUGCAACCAAAGAUUAGCAUCUGGACUAACGGCGGAGAGGCGGCAGGUGGCGGCGGCGCCGGUGAUGCGAUGAAAGAGGUGGCAGGCGUUUAUAAGAUGCUUCCGCCACUGUUUAAGACGGUUUACGAGCAAACAGGGAUGACGCCGCCUUCUUGGAUGGGAGCUUUACCCGAUUCCAACCACCUGGCAUCAGAUUAAAGUUAUAACUUAGAUGCUUAUAUCAAUUAAAUUCUGUUUUUAUUC